GCUGGUGCCGAGCCCAACGUCGUAGCAACAGAGUAUCUCUUGACGCCCUACGAAUGGGUGACAGCCAAAGUGAGGUAUGAAGAAGAGCGUGACAGGCGACUCAAUGACUUUGAUCAGGUGAAUCGCUUGGACGACACUUGUUUGGCAAUCCGACCCGAUAUCAAGCCCUUCAAGCAAGUGCUUCAGGUGUUGGAGAAGAAUGGAGGGGUCGAGGCCAAGGCCUUCUCGAACAAUCCGAAGAUCAAGCCUGAUGGCUCCAUCGAUGGAAAGCAACCUUCUGAACUCAGAUCUUAUAAGCUGUCACCUGAUGGCUCCUACACCACAGCCCAUUAUCUGCGCUCUGGCAAGUUUGAUUUGCUGAAGUACGAGGAUGGAAGGCUAGUGGAGUGCGACUAUGUCAUCACCUCAGAGUUCAGCAGCAGAUCUGGUCACAACUUGGUCACUGUUCCUUCAGCAGAUCUUCUGCAGAUUUCUUGA